AUGGGCAGCGUCUUCAGGCUUCUGGUUCGGAAGCCACAUAGAACCUGCAGCCUCAUUUUUCCCAAACUCAUUAUUGAACAAAUCCAAAAUGGAACAUAUGAAACAGAACCUUUCAACAAAAGUAAAUUAAUAUCACCUUUUGUUCGCUACAGAGAAACUUUCCAGGUAGCACCAAAAUAUGGUUUGUCUUCAUGUCAGAUUGAAAAGGUGAUGACAACAGUUAGUGGAGCCAUUUUCUGUUAUAUCACCAACACCAGCGAGUUUGAAGCAAAUAAUCGCAAGAUUAGCACGGAAGAGUACAGUACGAGAUUCUGCCAGAACGAAAAUUUCUACGAGAACUUCACUGAGGUGCAAAAUUUGCUCGGUGCAUCAAAAACCGAGUACGUUAUCGUUCGCAAUCCAAUCAGCAGAUUUCUGAGUGGAUUCGUUAACAAGUGCAUAAGAAGAACGCCUGAGGAACUUCGAGACCCACGGCCUACAAUGGAACGAACAGGGAAGAGGCUUUCCGAGUUCAUCGACCAUCCAUGGGAACUCGCAAUUCUAGAAGUCCUAUUCUCUACGCUGCACGUGGAAGUUACCCGAUCGAGGAUAUCAUAA